UUCCCGGGACGAGAGCACGUGCGGUCACGUGCGGAGGCCUGCGUCGAGCUGUGGCCGCCCGCCGCCGCCGGGCCACUCUCUGGCUCUUUCGGACACGCUAAAAUUGGCCUUCCGCCUUCACUGGACCUGUCUGUAGAGUAUUGGUAGGGGAAGGUUUCCUUCCUCCUCCUUCGCUCCCAGGGUAACAGUCAGAGGUUCAGUAGCUUUGCGGCCCGGGAGGUCUCCGUGCUCACGCAGGAUUUGUUUCCUGCUCUCCGCCCUUCCGUCUUCCCCUUAGUGAGCGUGGCGUGCCCCGCUGCUCCGGCUCUUGCCAGGACCCUUGCUGGGCCUGGUUCUAGUGGGCCUCCGUGUCCCUCCUGGUCAGCAGCCCCUCUGUCCCUCACCCUGCCCCCGGCAGUCAGGCUGUCAGGUUUCUGUGCACGGCUCGUGGGUCUGUGGCGCUUCUCUUGCGGGCUCUCAGCUCUGGCACACGUUCUCCCUCAGCUGGGCUCUUGCCCUCUGCUGUCAGAAUGUGUUCUCUUUUCUCUCUCGAAGCUCUGUGUACCGUGAGCCUGCGGGCUCUCGCCUUGCAGAGGUUUGGCGGGCUCAUUCACACCCGUGGCCUCCCGCACCCGCACGUGCCCUCUGUCUGCUGUCCUGCCUGGCCCGUGGUCAGACUUACGCAUUCUCCUUUAACAAGACACCUGCAGAAAAAACUUUCUGGCCACCCCAAUAUUGUCCAGUUUUGUUCUGCAGCAUCCAUAGGGAAGGAGGAGUCGGACACGGGGCAGGCCGAGUUCCUACUGCUCACCGAGCUCUGCAAAGGGCAGCUGGUGGAAUUUUUAAAGAAAAUUGAAUCUAGAGGUCCGCUCUCGUGCGAUACUGUUCUGAAGAUAUUCUAUCAGACGUGCAGAGCCGUGCAGCACAUGCACAGACAAAAGCCGCCCAUCAUCCAUAGAGACCUCAAGGUGGAGAACUUGUUGCUCAGUAACCAGGGGACCAUCAAGCUGUGUGACUUUGGCAGUGCUACGACCAUCUCGCAUUACCCGGACUACAGCUGGAGCGCCCAGAGGCGGGCCCUGGUGGAAGAAGAGAUCACCAGGAACACCACACCCAUGUAUAGGACGCCAGAGAUCGUGGACUUGUACUCGAACUUCCCCAUCGGCGAAAAGCAAGACAUUUGGGCCCUGGGCUGCAUCUUGUACCUGCUGUGCUUCAGGCAGCACCCAUUUGAAGACGGAGCAAAGCUUAGAAUAGUCAACGGGAAGUUCUCAAUCCCUCCUGAUGACACCCAGUACUCUGUGUUCCAUGACCUCAUCCGCGCUACGCUGAAGGUCAACCCCGAGGAGCGGCUGUCCAUCACAGAACUGGUCAACCAGCUCCAGGAGAUUGCGGCCGCCAGGAAUGUGAACCCCAAGUCGCCCAUCACUGAGCUCCUAGAGCAGAAUGGGGGCUAUGGGAAUGCUGUCCCGUCUCGAGGGCCUCCCCACCUCGGGGGCUCCAGCAGCGGCGGCUACAGUGGAGGCCUGGCGCUUGCCGAGUACGACCAGCCCUAUGGCGGGCUCCUGGAUAUCCUGCGGGGGGGCACCGAGCGCCUCUUCACAAACAUCAAGGACACCUCCUCCAAGGUCAUCCAGUCCGUUGCCAAUUACGCGAAGGGAGACUUGGACAUAUCUUACAUCACAUCCAGAAUUGCUGUGAUGUCAUUCCCAGCAGAAGGCGUGGAGUCGGCUAUCAAGAACAACAUAGAAGACGUCCGGUUGUUUUUGGACUCCAAGCACCCAGGACAUUAUGCGGUCUACAACCUCUCCCCCAGGACGUAUCGGCCCUCCAAGUUUCAUAACCGGGUUUCCGAGUGUGGCUGGGCGGCCCGGCGGGCCCCGAACCUUCGCAGCCUGUACAGCGUUUGCAGGAACAUGCACUCGUGGCUCAGGCAGGACCACAAGAACGUCUGUGUUGUGCACUGUGUGGACGGGAGAGCUGCCUCUGCUGUGGCCGUCUGCUCCUUCCUGUGCUUCUGCCGGCUCUUCAGCACCGCAGAGGCCGCCGUGUACAUGUUCAGCAUGAAGCGUUGCCCGCCGGGCAUCUGGCCAUCUCACAAAAGGUACAUUGAGUACGUGUGUGACAUGGUGGCCGAGGAGCCCAUCACGCCCCACAGCAAGCCCAUCCUGGUGAAAGCCGUGGUCAUGACGCCCGUGCCUCUGUUCAGCAAGCAGAGAAACGGCUGUAGGCCCUUCUGCGAGGUGUAUGUGGGGGACGAGCGAGUCACCACCACGUCUCAGGAGUACGACAAGAUGCGGGAUUUUAAAAUCGAGGAUGGCAAGGCAGUCAUUCCCCUGGGCAUAACCGUGCAGGGAGACGUGCUCAUCAUAAUCUACCACGCGAGGUCCACGCUGGGUGGAAGACUUCAGGCCAAGGUGGCGUCCAUGAAGAUGUUCCAGGUCCAGUUCCACACCGGGUUUGUGCCUCGGAACGCAGCUACCGUGAAAUUUGCAAAGUAUGACCUGGACGCGUGUGACAUUCAGGAGAAGUACCCCGAUUUAUUCCAAGUGAACCUAGAGGUGGAGGUGGAGCCCAGAGACAGGCCCAGCCGGGAGGCCCCCCCCUGGGAGAGCACCAGCAUGAGGGGGCUAAACCCCAAAAUCCUGUUUUCCAGCCGAGAGGAGCAGCAAGAUAUUCUGUCUAAAUUUGGGAAGCCAGAGCUCCCCAGGCAGCCCGGCUCCACCGCUCAGUAUGACGCCGAGGCGGGGUCUCCCGAUGCCGAGCCCACGGAGUCUGAUUCACCACAGAGCAGCGGCACAGACACCAGCCACUUCCUCCACACGCUGGACUGGCACGAGGAGAAAGACACAGAGACGGGCCCAGAAAGCAAUGUCGCCAAGGAGAGUGUGCCAGCCCCGGCCGCGGAUGCGGGCGGGAGUGAGCUGUCCGACGAGGAGGUGGCCACGCUGUCAGCCGAGAGCAGGGACGCAGCUGAGGAGGACACACCGGGCCCAGCGGGGAGGGCGCAAGAGCAAGAGUCGAUUUUUGACGCGGCCACACCGGCCACGCCACGUGAGCCUGCGUCGCAGGAGGACAGCGUCGACCUCCUGGGACUGCACUCUGGGACGGGGCCGGCACCCCCAGUGCAGGCCUGCGGGGCGGUCCCCAGUAACGCCGACCUGCUCAGCCGCCUCCUGGGGGCGCCUGACACUGCCCCGGAAGUCCCCCCGGGCGACCUGCUGGGCGGCGAUGCCCCCCUGCUCUUCACAAGCCCGGCUCCGCCCCUGAGUGCGCAGAGCCCACCCCGAGAAGGGCCGGCCGUGGCCGCCGACCCGUUUGAUCCUCUCCUCCUGCCAUCUGGUCCAGACACCCAGCCCUGCUCCAAGCCCGACCUCUUUGGCGAAUUUCUUAAUCCAGAACCUCCUGCUGCUCCCACCUCUUUCCCCUCCACCCACAGCGCCCCGCCCCCAGCCUGCAGCACCGACUUCCUGCACCUGGGGGAUAUACCAGCAGAGCCCAGCAAGAUGACCGCCUCGGCCAGCCACCCGGAUCUGCUGGGAGGGUGGGAGGCCUGGGCCGAGGCUCCGGCCCCUGCUCCUGCUAGUGAAGGUUCUUUCUUCUCUGCUGGAGGACAGCCCGCCCCUCCCGGCCCCUCUGCCAGCUGGACCAAGUCUCAGAGCCUGGACCCAUUUGCAGACCUCGGUGACCUCAGUUCUGGCCUCCAAGGCUCGCCUGCUGGAUUUGCUCCUGGAGGUUUCGGCCCUAAAACCGCCCCCCCUCCGUCAGGCGGCAGCUCCUGGCAGCAGACAAGUCGGCCCCCGGCCCAGAGCGCCCCAUGGCCCCCGCAGGCCAAGCCACCCCCCAAAGCCGGUGCACAGCCAAGGCCUAACUACACCGCCAACCUAAGUGUGAUCGGCGGCCGAGAGGAGAGGGGUUUCCGCACCCCUAGCUUCGGUCAGAAGCCGAGAGUGUCCGAGAGCGACUUUGAGGACCUGCUGUCCGAUCAGGGGUUCUCCUCCAAGUCUGACAGGAAGGGGCCCAGGACCAUGGCAGAGAUGCGGAGGCAGGAGCAGGCCAGAGACACAGACCCACUCAAGCUGAAGCUCCUGGAAUGGACGGAAGGCAAGGAGAGGAACAUCCGUGCACUGCUGUCCACCCUCCACACCGUGCUGUGGGACGGGGAGAGCCGCUGGACCCCUGUGGGCAUGGCCGACCUGGUGACCCCCGGGCAGGUGAAAAAACAGUACCGCCGUGCUGUGCUGGCGGUCCACCCGGACAAGGCCGCAGGCCAGCCAUACGAGCAGCUCGCCAGGAUGAUCUUCAUGGAGCUGAGUGACGCUUGGGCCGAGUUCGAGAGCCAGGGCUCCCGGCCCCUCUUCUAAGCCCACGGCGGUUGAGGCUCCGCGUGUGGCUCAUGGAGCCAGAAACUGCUGAGCUCCACCUGAAGGGUCCUGUCUGUGGCCGUCGUGGCGUGGGCUCACGUGGCCGCACCCGCACCGUUGUGGGCACCACCCCCAGAGGGUGCGUAGCAGACGCCGCUCCCCACUCCGCGGCACGAGGAGAGAAAGCAUUCCAGAGCCUCUGAUUCUCCUUUUCGUUUUCGGGUCCUGAAGGAAACGUGUUGAUGACAUUCCCCCCACGGUUGUCACGGUUUGUGAUUUGUUUCAUUUUGUCCAGUGGCCAUUGCCUCGAGAGCGCGCGGCUCAGCUGGCCCGCCCCGAAUCCCACUCGUGGACGCUGACUCCUCCCGUGCGUGACCAGCCCGGCAGCCGCUUGUACAUAAUUAAACUAUUUUCUGAUGA